GAUUUUAGAGGGUGCGUCAAAAACUUACGCUUUUACGCUUUGAUUCUACGUUUUACGAUUUUCCCAUUUUCCGCUUCUAGUUAGAAUCACGCUUUUAACUACAUUGGAUACGAUCAUGCACAUAGAGCAGAGAUCGAGAAGCAGGUGGCGCAGAUGCUUGAGACCGGGCUCAUUUGACCCAACAUUACUACCUUCUUGUCAUCCGUUGAUGACUUGAUAUAUACACAUGUUUUUGUCCACCAUUCUUGUACCGUUUGAGUCUUAUUUCUCGUGUUUUAGGCCGAUUUCACGCUAGGUUAUUCUUCUUUGUGAUAUUUCAGGUCCUAGUACGUGAAUGCAGGUUUUGGAACGGGUUCGGGGUCGAUUGGACGAAGAUUGCACGUUUGGCGAGAAGCUGAGGAACUCACACUGGCACGCCUAGAAUUCCACACGGCGUGUGACUUGGUCGUGUGGCACCACUUUGCACGGGCAAGCCACCCCUUGUGGCCGUGUGGAUAGUCCAGGGAGCUCACACGGCCAGACUUGAAAUCCACACGGCCGUGUGCCUCUGGCCGUGCAGCGUGCCUGAAGUCCACUAAUCAAAACGCGGUGUUUUGACAUCCACACGGGCAUACUGGAAAGCCACACGGCCGUGUGGCCUGGCCGUGUGGUAGGGAAAUUCUUGGUUUUAACCCAAUUUCGAGCCAAAGGAAAGGGAGAGCUGGGUUUUGGAUCCCAAACACCCAAGGGUGAACCAAAGAGAGAGAGGGCGAUUUGAGGGCAUUAUAAGAGUGGAAUUGGAGGAUUCCCUUGCCUUGGAAGCUCGAGGAACAAGCCCAGACUUGAAGACUGAUUAUCUGAAGAUUCUUACUGCAGUCUCUCUCUUCUCUAUGGAGUAACUUCCCUUCACUUAGGUUUUGAGGAACCCUAGCUAUGUUUGUUUGAUUAGAUGAUUGUAUGAGUACUCUUACUUGAUAAUCUUGAGUUCAUAUUCAAUCUAUGCAUGUUUUCAUGAUUCAAUUCUGCUUUAGUCGAGAUUAUUAAUUCUGCUUUGAUCCUAUGAGAGUGAAUACCUGAUUAGGUCAAUAGAGCACCAUAUAUUGAUAGUAUUGGAUCGAUUGCUUUAGUCGAGGGUUGAUGCAAUGCUUUGUAUCCGAUUGAGAACCUCAUUCGAUAGAGGGAAUCUAGUUUAGAACGCCUUGAUCGGUUGUUCUAGAGAAGGAUAUGUCCCUCUAGGCAAUUGACUCAAGAGGGUCUUGAUCCUUUAGUCGAGAUUCAAGGUUUAGUCAAGGAUUCUCCGGAUUGUGAAUGAAAGUGAAGCAAGUUAGAGAUCAUCAAUCAUUAAUCUGGCUAGUGGCUAGGGGGAAUCAUACCUAAGUGAGUUCCCAACCUGUAAUUAGAUUAACUUUAACUGUAGUUUGUUAGAGUAGUUUUAGUUCGUCCAUCUUAAUCUGGUUUGCUAGAUUAUGAACUGACGCUGAGUAAUAGUAACUCUAGAGACCCGUGGAUUCGAUAUUUAUUACUUGAGCCACUAUACUGAAGUCCCUUUCAUUGGUUACACUUGGCCAUUGUUAGGAGUUGUGUCAUAGCGAGCCAAGUUUUUGGCGCCGUUGCCGGGGACUUUCUAGAUUAUUAGGAAAGGCAAAAUUUUGUUAUUUUAGCGUUUUUCUUUUCUUUUCCACCCUUGCUUUUCACUUGGGUGUUUUUGUUUUUGUUGGUGCAGAUCUGAAUCAUGGAUCCUCAUGGCUUCUCCAACCAUUGGGGGUAUCCACCACCAUCCGAGUGGUAUUACCCCAAGACUCCCUGGAGCAAUCAAGGAGGAGAAGACUAUGGAUUCGGGUUCCAGCACCAACCCUCUUACUAUGGAGAACAACCGGACCCCUGGGCAUAUCAAGAACAACCUCCUUAUCAAGAAGAAUUUCUCCCACAACCAGAAGGGCCAUCGGAGCUGGAGUUACCCAUGGUGGCCUUCACGGGCCAUUCCGUAGAGCCAUGCUACACUCCACAGCCAGAUCCAAACUAUGAAUUGAGGCUUCUCAUGGAGCAGUUUGCUCGAGACAGUGAGAGAUCAUGCUCCAGGAUGGAUCUUUGUACCCAGGCCUAUCGUGAAACAGAAGAGAUCCUCUUGAGAAUUAAGAAGAGCCUUGAUGAUCUUAAGAAAUCUUAUGCACAGCCUGAUCAGGAUCACCCUUUGUCUACUAUACUAGAAGAGGAGGAGGAAGAAGGCUACGAAGACAUUGUGGAGCACACAGAAGUUGUCACUGAGAGAUCCCGUGAUGAUCAUGAUCAGGAAUGUCCUGUCGUAGUCGACCACACCUUCCCACAUCCCACACUGAGCUUUGAAGAGGCGGGCAUGAGUGAGGAUAUGCAAGAAGAUCUCAUCAAAGAAAUUGCUUGGCGACUUGCCCUUCAAUUCGUGCUGGAAGAAGAAGUGGAAGAAAGGGUGCAGGAAGAAGAUGUGGAGGAUGACGAAAGUAAAGCAGAUGGAUUUCUUGAUAAUUUCCCAGGGGUGAUACCACAUGAAGAAAGAAGGGGGGUUGAAGAAGCAAUUGGCAUCCAGGCCGAGGACGAAGUUGAGGUGGAAGAGGCUUGCAACGGCCAUGAGUUACAUGUGAUAUCUCCACCAAACUUCGAUGAACUGCUUAGCAAGGACCCAUUUGCAGUGUCUCUUUGCUAGACCAAGGUCACAUCGACAUCGGUCCCUCUUGGUGGACGUGAUGGUGGUCAAUCGAUGUUGUCAUAUCUGGUUUGGGGCAAUGAGACGAGAGAAGAGAAUAAGAGGUCUCGAGGGUGGAGACUUCAUCUGCACAAGUGCACGAGCUUCCAUCACUUGUCAUACCACAUGCUCGUGACUUGAGACUCCACCUCAUUGACGAGAACCUCAACUUCAAGGAGGUUUUGGGGUGGACCGAAACUUAGGAGCCAUCGUCCGGCUCACGACGUGAAAGAAACGCUUGUUGGGAGG